AUGUUGGACAAAUUGAAGAGACAAUCCAUUCCUAUUGACUUUUAUCUUGAUUUGUUGAAAAAGAUGCAAGGGUUGAAGCAAGCAGGAAAAUCUGUUAAAGAGUAUAUAGAAGAAUUCUAUCGAAUUCUGAUUACAAUAGGCCGUUGUAAGGCCAACAAGGAGAAAGUUGUCCAUUACAUAAAUGGGUUGAAGCCGAGUAUUCAAGAAGAGUUGAGUUUGGUAAGAAUGUCUACCAUUGAAGAUGCGUAUCAAUUUUCUUUAAAGGUAGAAGAGAAGGUAAACAUGAGAUUUGAGAGCAAGAAAAAUGGAAAAGGUCGUGGUGGAAAGAUUGAUGACUCUAAUAGCAGUCAAAAUCAAAGGGGAAAUAAUUCCUACCAUCCUCGUGAUCAAAAUAAUAGAGAUAAAAGAGGAAGAGGACGAGGACCAAGAAGAGGAGGCUUUCGUGGAACAUGUUUCCAAUGUGGAGAAGGAGGUCAUAGAGCCUAUGACUGUCCCCAACAUCAAAGGAGGAAAAAUAGAAGACCUAAGGGUAAUGUGCGAGUUACCCAUGUAGAUGAAGAUGCUAAGUCAUCACAUUCUGAAGAUGCAAAGAAAGGAUAG